UACAUAGUAUUUUGUGCGCGGGCAUCACCACUGAUUCGCCCCUUUUUCUUAAUUUGGCGACCGACCUAUUCCUAUGAGGAGGAGAGGGGAAAAAUGAGCCUCGAAAGUCAUUCAAAAAUUGUUUUGAAUGUGCGCUCUACACGACACACUUUUUGUAAACAAGUAGAGAUAUUAUCAUUUUGAGUACCGUAACAAGAAUUGAGAAGCGUGCGGACUUUUUCGGAAUAAAUACCGCGAAACGGCGAAGGUUAAGGUCUGGCAGUGCGACGUAAGUGCCGAAAAGAAGGAAUAGUCUCUGGAAAAGAAAACUUAGCAGCAAGAUGGAUCUUGGUUAUAUGAUGUGUUCUACCUUACGGUGUGACACAGGACUAGACAUUGAAGACAGCCUUGUUUCGGAAUCGAGGAACGGUAGCAGCCAGCACCCUGCACCUGUUGAACAGUCGUGUUCCGAAUUCACCUCUUUUUCCGAGCAACAACAACACUCCUCGUCGGGUUCGCUUGACGCCUCGUCAAAUUCGAAUUCUGUACUCCAGUGGUCGACUCGUCAAAAACUACAGUCCGGACACACGUCUCCCAGUUCGUUAGCACUACAGAGACGGCCACAAGAGCCACCGGUGUUUCUCAAGCAGCAGACUCUUAGCACCGACGUUUCCUCAUCUUCUGGCGACAACAGUUCCGGCGUAUGUUCGUCGUUUAGUUCACACAAUAGAAACAAAGACAAUAUGGGGUUUGCAUCAAAGAAGUCCUCCCGAUCAGGUGUGAGUGAGUUAGAAAAUGAAAUGUUAGUGGAAACAAAGAAGGGCCAUUCAGAGAAGAGAACAUCGCCUAGCCCACACGCUAAAUUUCAAGAGCUAUGUAUCAAUCCACCUCCGCUACGGUCCAAGGGAUGGAGCGAACCCUCCGCUAGAAACUAUCAGGUUCGGUCCAAUAAUUACCUCGCAACUAGAAUCAAGGAGUCAUCUGAAGAAGCCGCCUUUCGUCUCAUUACGGUAGACUUGGUCAACACAAAGACCCCCAUAUAUACCGGCAUGUGUUCACACCCUGGAGAGCGUGUGCAAAUGGCAUUAGAGCGAGAACGGCAAACAGGAAUGCGGGAGUUGCCCGAAUUUAUUUUUGCCGUGAAUUUGUGUAUCCCUGCCCAAACGAUAUAUCAUGCAGUUUUUUAUUAUGGAAUCGACAAGGCUACCCUGGACGAAAUCAAAAACAACGAGACGGCCUUUGGACGCAUCAUGAACAAAUUUAUCUUUGGGGAUUCGGACAGCUACAGAAACGACACCUUCAAGCUCAUCCCAAGCAUCAUAGAGGGGAACUACGUCGUCCGUAAGGGCGUGGGAACAAAGCCUGCUAUUUUGGGUAAGAAAAUCAAGCAAUAUUACGUGAGAGACGACCGCUACUUUGAAAUAAUUGUCGACAUUGCUAGCGAUGCCGUAGCGAAACGAGUUACAAAAUUGUGUUUGGGGUACAUCAAAACAAUUGUGGUGGACAUGAUGUUUGUUCUUGAAGGAAACGAAGAAUCUACUCUUCCGGAGCGUAUUUUUGGAGGAGUUACAAUAAAAAAUCUCGACUUCAAGAUGAUGGAUGGAAAGCGCACCGUGAAUUAGGACUAUCAUAGAAUGCUUAAUUGUGAUUUAAAAACUGCAGCGGAAAUAGAAUGAGAAGAUAGUAUUGAAAUUUAUACCAACGAAGAAAGGGACUGAACCGUAGUGACAAAGUUGUUGUGAAUUAUCCGCUUCCUGGUGCAGUUGUCGUUCCUUCUUUGUCAUGGUAGAGAUGACUUCAUGCAUGAAGGUAAACUAAAACACCAUAUGAUGU